CGACUUCAUUCUCUGCGUCGUUUCUGCGGGCGGGCUCCAUAGCACACGAGGCCGCAUUGGCAUCGACCGUGUCACGCCAUGUUCACUGUCGUCUCUAUGCGUUUGGGCCUAUCUCUACGCCUUGCUGGGUGCCCUUCGACGGACGCUAGGAGGGCCCAUGCGAGCUACUCCCGGGACGCCCAUCGUAUGUCGCGGCCACACGCGCGCCACAUUCCAAGUCUGCCUGGGAAGCUGUCCCGACCAUCGGCACUCGAAACCCAGCUUGCUCGCGGUACAACAUGUAGGACGACAACCCGUCGCGAUCCCGCGCCUCGCCUGAACGCACUACUUACCUCGCGCAGCUUCGUCGCAGACCUCUUUUGCGACUACUGUACUGCUCGAGCACAUCUGCGAACGCAGAUCGGCGCCGCACGUUAAUCCGUAACCGAUGUGGCGAGCAUUACCACGCUCUUCCCG